AUGAGUGAAAUUGUCAAAGUGAUUGUUCGUUGUAGACCCCUGAAUGAAAAAGAACGAGAAAUGAACACGAGACUUGUGAUAGAAACUAACUCCUUAUUACAUCAGUGCAGCAUCCAAAGGUCUGGAGAUGAUACCAAAUCAGCCAAGAACUUUACAUUUGAUGGAGUUUACGGCAUUUCAAGCAGCACAGAGGUAAUUUAUUCUGAAAUUGUACGUCCAAUUGUUAACGGCGUCGUUGAAGGAUACAAUGGAACUGUGUUUGCAUACGGGAAGACAUCGUGCGGGAAGACAUUUACAAUGGACGGUAUUGAAACCCCUUCGGCACAAAAGGGAAUCAUCCCUCGAUGUUGUGAACACAUUUUGAGCAGUACUCACCAGCGCAGUCUGGAAAAACAUGGCAAAUAUCUACUGCGCGUGUCAUACCUGGAAAUAUACAAUGAAGAAAUCCGAGAUCUGCUGGUUAAGGAGUAUAAGUACAAACCUGAAAUUAAGGAACGCGUAAGAAUCGGUCAGUAG